CUCCCCUCACUUCCCCUCUUGUGCCCACGCUGUCUAGCAGAAAGCUUCUUCCAAUUUCCAAUCUAUUGGUUCAAGUUCCAAUAUUUCCAGCAGGAGGCAUUUUAACGGCGCAAACCUGUGCGAGGUACGGGGCAUAUCCAUGGCGAGCAUACCGCCAGUGAUGCUUACUUUACCAGAAGCACAGGAGGAAUUCCAUGACUUGUUACGAAAACUCAGGGACCCUCAUAACCAAAGGAAACUCAUUGAUUGGAUUAAGUACAACUGGAGAGAAGAUGAUGAUGAGUCUCCUGAAGGUAUAUUGAGAUCUAUAGCCACUGAUAUUAGACUUCAUUUGCCAAUUGAAGCUGUGCUUCCAUCUGAAAAAAUCAUACCACCAUCCUCUGGUGAAAAUGCUGAUUGUGAUCCUAAAUAUACCCGACAUGUAGAUUCAUUCUUAUAUGACAAUGGACUGUUGCAUGAGUUGACUGCCAAAGGUGUGAUUGAAUCACAUUACUGUGUGCAGUGCGGGUCUACUAAAACAAAAUCACUUACAUUUAUAUCCCAUUCUGCUUCUCGAUCUCAAAUAUCCUAUAUGUACAAUGUUUUGCUACCUCCUUUAGAGGAUGACAAAGUGUUGUUGGAUGUUGGUUCUCGUCUGGGACCAAUCUUAUAUGGGGCAUAUUUGUAUACAAAUGUAGGGAAAAUAUAUGGCAUUGAAAUAAAUGGAGAACUUUGCAGGAUGCAGAGGGAGAUUGUAAUGAAGUAUGGUUUCCAGGACCGGAUUGAAAUCAUUGACAGCAGCAUCGAACAACGUUUUGACCUGCUGGCAACAGCUGACAUAAUUGUCUUGAAUAAUGUGUUCGAGUUUUUUAUGGAAUCAAAUGAUCAAGCGAAAAUGUGGAAACUCAUUUAUGAGCAUGUGAAGAAAAAGGCUCUACUAGUUACAUGUCCUGCCCUGGAUGUUACCAUGGAAAAUUUGCCUGGAAUUGGGAUUGAUUUGGAUAAAUGGGUUCAAGAAUUGGAUGUAUAUAACAUGGAUGCUCCAGACAUGCCAACUGAUGAUCCUGAAUUGAAGAUGAUACAUCUUUAUGAGGUUACUAACCCAGGGAAGAGUAACUGAUAGAAGCAUUCCCAACCCAAAGAUUGUACAUUAGAUGCAUGUUGUUUUGUUCUUAUGUUGGGUUCUUCUUAAUUCUUCUUCAGUUUUGUUUUGCAUUUUAUUAUGUUAAGAUUUUGACUGGUUUUUUACUUGAUUUGUAAGGCUCUAACAUUUCCUAAAACAUUCUAGUUUUAAGAGAGAUGUAUGUGUCUUUCCUCUACAAAGGAAAUAUUGAUGAGAAAAGGAUCGGACCAUUGAAUCCUACCCCUUUGAUGGUAGUAGAAAGGCUUUCUACAAUGGAGAGGUACUGUAGUAUAUUCCAAGUGAUGAAUGUGUUAAGUGAAUGUUCCCCCAUGGAAUCCAAUCUUAGACAAAAUGUGCAAAUGUGACAACAUAAAUUAUUUACAAGUCAAUCAUUUGUUCUAUCGAGUAUAGUAUGAGAGUUGGAAUGUGUUUAAAACGUGUAAUUGCAGUAAAAGUGCCACAAGUUAUUAAAAUGUUUUUUGGGAAGAUUCUUUUUAAUGCUUUU